AUGUCUAGAAGCUCAACUAUAUUCAUCUCUGAUGACGACCCUCCCAGCAGCGGCACACAAACCUUCGUUCCAUCUGAAUGGAUUGCCUACGGAAAGACAUACCCUGCUCUUGAGACACCACCCUUCAUCCUUGCUGCACGUCAGGCCGCUCUUACCAUCCCCCCGGAAUACAACACCCUCAUGCCCAACCCCCACACUUCCGUGCUGCAUUUGCUCUGCACAGAUCUUCCCCCUCUAUCGGCACUCACCUCUCAGAAGGCCUCACAUGCAUUCAGCGAAGAUCCUCCAAACGAGACCCUUCAGCCGCAUGCCACGGCGAUGUAG